GAUGAUUUUGUUUAUCCCGCAAAAGUAAAAUUGGAGACUUUCUGGCAAAAGAGAAAAUGUCCGUAAUCCGCAAAAACACCAAAACCGCUUUCCCCACACAAUACCCGCCGGACCAACAGCAAGAAAUGGGUUGCUCUUUUCAACAGAAAGCAGAUCGAUUUGUCAUUUCCCCCGUAUAAUAAGUUAUGCACACAGAUGUAAAUAUUACGUGACCGUCGCCGGUAGAGCGUAUUCUUCGCGUGACGCCGCAGUACUUGAAGUGUACUAGUUGGGCACUGCCAAGUCCAGCUCUUCCCCUGCCUCUUCAGCUUUUGCUUCAAUCUCACUCCCAAUAUAGCAAAUUAUGAUCAUGAUCAUUACGGCACUCGCCUUCUUAUCUCAUUGAUUUUCUCCUCAAUUUCAUUCCGACCAUCCUCAAUCGACGAAUAAGGUGAAGAAAGGGGGUUUUGUGAAAGCCACAUUACAAAGCUUGGAAGGAAAUGGCUUUGGGGAAGUACAGCAGGGUUGAUGGUAAGAAACAAUCAUCGAAUUACUGCUCGAUAGUGACCAUUGUGGUUUUUAUAACCAUGUGUGUAGUUGGACUGUGGAUGACAACUUCAGUGUCUGUUGUUCCUGUACAAAAUAUGGAUUUGUCAUCACCGGAGACCAAGAAUGGCACAAAUACACAAGUAAUUAGCAGAAAAGAUGAUACAAGUGGUGUCAAUAAGAACUACAAGGCCAGUAACAAGAAUAGUAGUUCAAGUGCGGUGGACAUAUCAGGACAGCAUGAGGAUAUCCCUGCUGAUCUACCUGAAGAAUCUUUUAAAGGGAAGAGUGAUGUGCAUAAGAAAAACACUCCUAGUUCCCGAGAAACAGAAAACCCCCAAGAAGAAAUUCAAGAUUUGGAGACAGAAGAGAAGUCUGGGGUAGAGAAAAUCAAUGAUCCAAAGACUGAGAAAACUGAGGAAGAAAAUAAUGAAAAUGGAGAAGUGAUGGAUAGAGAUAAAGUUCUAGAAUCAGGAGAAAAAAGUGAAAAUCUGCCUGCUGGAAAACACACAUUUGUGAAUAAAACAAAUGCUCAGAAAAGAAAGGAAGCCUCUGCUAAAGGAAAAGGUGGAAAAGUAGAAGAGAUAGUUCAGGACGAGAUGGAUCUGGAAGGAGAGCUGAGUAAAAGUAAGUCUAGCCAAGGAGAGAACAAAGAAAGAUCAGAUGUGAAUAAUCGUGAUGACAGUGAUGCUGAAACGAAGCCUGAAAAGACUUCUGGUAAAACUAAUGAUGGCUAUAAAAUAGGUAAGGCUGGAGACAAGAAAGAUCUAGAAGGAUUGGAUGAGAAAAAGGAGGAUUCUGAUGACAGUUUUCCGUCAGUCGCUCAAGAUGAGCUCUUGAAUGAAACCACCACACAGAAUGGGCCAUUCUCAACUCAAGCAACUGAAUCAAUGAAUGCAAAGGAAGCAAAAAAGUCAUCUGGAUCAGAUAAAGACAACGGGUACAUCUGGAAACUUUGCAAUGUCACCGCUGGCCCAGAUUUCAUCCCCUGCCUUGAUAAUUUGGAAGCCAUCAAGAACCUAAGAAGUACAAAGCAUUAUGAACACAGGGAGAGACAUUGUCCAGAUCCAACUCCCACUUGUCUUGUUUCACUUCCAAAAGGAUAUCAACCCCCAAUUAAGUGGCCUACAAGUAGGGACAAGAUAUGGUAUCAUAAUGUUCCUCACUCCAAGCUUGCAAAGUUUAAAGAACGUCAAAAUUGGGUUAAAGUUAGCGGUGAAUAUCUUACCUUCCCCGGUGGUGGAACCCAGUUUAAGCAUGGUGCACUUCAUUAUAUUGAUUUUAUACAGCAGUCUGUGCCUGAAAUUGCCUGGGGAACACGUUCACGUGUUAUAUUAGAUGUUGGGUGUGGGGUUGCUAGCUUUGGAGGCUAUCUUUUUGAAAGAGAUGUAUUGGCUAUGUCAUUAGCACCCAAAGAUGAACAUGAAGCUCAGGUUCAGUUUGCACUCGAAAGGGGCAUUCCUGCUAUAUCUGCUGUCAUGGGUACAAAGAGACUUCCAUUCCCCGGGAGAGUCUUUGAUGUAGUACAUUGUGCUCGGUGCAGGGUGCCAUGGCAUAUUGAAGGUGGGAAACUUCUUCUUGAGCUGAACCGACUGCUCCGCCCUGGAGGCUACUUUGUGUGGUCAGCCACUCCAGUCUACCAGAAGCUUCAGGAGGAUGUUGAGAUCUGGGAAGCCAUGAAGAAAUUAACCAAGUCAAUGUGCUGGGAGUUAAUAUCGAAAAACAGGGACAGAGUUAAUCGAGUGGCAGUUGCCAUAUUUCAGAAGCCUACUUCUAAUGAGUGCUACGAGCAAAGAUCACAAGAUGAUCCUCCACUCUGUGAAGAGUCUGAUGAUCCAGAUGCAGCCUGGAAUGUGGAGUUACAAGCUUGCAUGCACAAAGUUCCCACAGCUUUAUAUAAGAGAGGGUCUCAAUGGCCUGAAAUGUGGCCUGCUAGGUUGGACAAGUCACCUUACUGGUUAGCUAGUUCCCAGACAGGUGUGUAUGGGAAUCCAGCGCCAGAUGAUUUUGUUCUAGAUCACCAACACUGGAAACGAGUGGUGACCAAAUCUUAUUGGAACGGAAUGGGCAUUGACUGGUCCGCUGUGCGUAAUGUCAUGGACAUGUGUGCUAUCUAUGGAGGAUUUGCAGCUGCAUUGAGGGAGAAGAAUGUAUGGGUCAUGAAUGUUGUUUCUAUAGAUGCGCCAGAUACUCUACCUAUAAUAUACGAGAGGGGUCUUUUUGGUAUUUAUCACAAUUGGUGUGAAUCAUUCAACACUUACCCCAGAUCUUAUGACCUUCUCCACGCCGAUCAUAUCUUCUCCAAGAUCAAGACAAAGUGUAGCUUACCGGCGUUGGUUGCUGAGGUGGAUCGGAUUUUGAGGCCAGGUGGGAAGCUCAUAGUCCGUGAUAAGGUGGAGACUACAAGUGAAGUUGAAAACAUGUACAAAUCAAUGCAUUAUGAUAUUCGGAUGACCUACUCUAAGGACAGUGAAGGUUUGCUUUGUGUGCAAAAGACAAUGUGGCGCCCCAAGGAGGCUGAGACACUCACUUAUGCUAUUGCCUAAAGCAGUAUAGGAGUAUUAUACUACAAAAAUGCAGGUCUGAAAAUCUCAACAUUUUUUGUGUAAAGGCUACUGGGUUAAAAUCUAUGUUUGAGAUAUCAUCCUAUAAAAAAUGAACCGUCUUUGUUCAUUUAAUUUCAACCAUACAAUUUUUGUUGUUGACGUAGUUGUUCAUUUAUUAACCGGGCUUUAAUUAGGAGAGACAAUUGAAUCCAAUAUAUAAAAACAGAUGGGUGGUC